UGGUUUUGGAGGGGUCCCUUCAUUCCUCCAUUCACUGGGAGGGUCCCAACCUCCCCCCCCCCAAACCUUGAUUAUUCUGGGGGGUUUUUCUGGGAGGAUGACGGGGCUGUCCCGCUUUCCCAGGGUUUUCCAGUGGGCGAUGGAUCCAUGGGAGGAGCCGGAGCUGGAGCAGACGGUGCUUUUCAGGGAUAACGGGGAGGAGGAGGAGGAAGAGGAGGAGGAGGAGGAUCCCUACGACCCCCCCGGGAUGCAGAGACCCCUGAACGACCUCUCCCCCCACUCCCGGGGCGAGCCGGAGAUCGUUGAGCUCGACACCACCCCCCUCCCCCGUGUGUCCAUCGCCAACCCCGACGAGGAUUCCCGGGGCACCCUGCGCUGGACGGUGGUGCAGCAGAUCAACCCCGCUUGCCCCUCUGCUGCCGGCACCAAAUCCACCUCCUCCUCCUCCUCCUCCUCUUCCUCGGCCUUCUCCGACUUGAGGAGCGUCAUCGUCCUGCAGAAGAGCUUCGAGUGCGGCGAGUGCGGCAAGAGCUUCAGCUGCAGCUCCCACUUCCACAAGCACCGCCGGACGCACACCGGCGAGCGGCCCUUCCGCUGCGGCCACUGCGGCAAGGCCUUCAACGUCAGCUCCAACCUCUACCGCCACCAGCGCGCCCACGCCACCAACUCGGCGAUGACGGCGACACCAACUCCAACGCCGAGGGCUCGCGGCCUUCCCUACAAAUGCCAGGAGUGCGGGAAGAGCUUCACCGUCAGCUCCAACCUCUCGCGGCACCAGCGAGCCCACGCCGCCGGCUCGGCGGCGGCGCCGGCGCCGGAGCCAAGCCCAGGGGCUCGUGGCCUCCCCUACGAGUGCCAGGAGUGCGGGAAGAGCUUCCGGCGCAACAAGGAGCUGGCGACGCACCAGCGGCUCCACACGGGCCGGCCGCCCUUCCAGUGCGGCCACUGCGGCAAGGGCUUCUCGUGGAGCUCCCACUGGGAGCGGCACCAGCGCGUGCACACCGGCGAGAAGCCCUACCAGUGCCCCGAGUGCGGCAAGAGCUUCAGCCGCAGCUCCCACCUCUACCGGCACCAGCGCGGCCACGCCGGCGGCCGCUCCUACAUCUGCACCUACUGCGGGCGCAGCUUCGGCAGCACCCUGCACUUCGAGCGGCACCAGCGCACCCACACCGGCCAGCGGCCCUACCGGUGCACCCUGUGCCGCAAGAGCUUUGGUGAUGCCCCAGCACUGGUCAAGCACCAGCGCCUCCACCUGGAUGGGCCCUUCCGCUGCGAGGAGUGCGGGAAAGCCUUCGGCGCCCGCGCCCAGUACGCGCGGCACCGGCGCAACCUCCACGGCGGCGCCGGCGGCGUGGGUGGUGGCGGCGCCGGCGCGGCGGAGAAGCCCUACCGGUGCGGGGACUGCGGGAAGAGCUUCUCGUGGAGCUCCCACUGGGAGCGGCACCAGCGGAUCCACACCGGGGAGAGGCCGUACCAGUGCGGGGACUGCGGCAAGCGCUUCGGCCGCACGUCCCACCUGUACCGGCACCAGCGGACCCACGCCGGCGGCCAGCCCCACGUGUGCGCCGAGUGCGGCAAGAGCUUCAACAGCACCCUCCACUUCCACAAGCACCAGAGGGCCCACGCCGGGCCCCGGCACGGCUGCGCCGACUGCGGGAAGGCGUUCGCCGACGGCUCGGCGCUGGCCAAGCACCGGCGGGUUCACGGCGGAGGAGGGGGGGGGGUUGGGGCGGAGAAGCCCUUCCCGUGCCCACGGUGCGGGAGGAGGUUCGGGGGCACCUCCCACCUGCAGCGGCACCUGCGGAGCCACGGCGAGGAAGAGGCCGAGCUCGUGGGCUGAGCGGCGGCGCUGCCAAGUCGGGCGGCGUUCCAGAGGGGGGCCCGCCGGAUGAACUCGGCUCGUUGGGUUGGCCAACCUUGAUGAUGACUUGGGUAGAACCCCCCGUUCUGGCAUGCCGGUGUUCCAGAGGGGCUGCCAGAGGAGCCUGACCCUGGUUGGGUUGGGCCAGCCUUGGCUUGGGAAGAACCCAUUCCCAGCGGAAAUGUUACGGUGGGGCUGCCAGAUGAACCCAACUCGUUGGGUUGGCCAGCCUUGACCUCAGUUUGGGUAGAGGCCCAAUUCCCGAUGGGAAUCCCAGUGGGAUUGGGCUGUUCCGGCGUAGUUUCUGUAGGGUAGAGUAGGAACAGUGUAGAGUAGAGGGCGGAAGGAGGAGCCGAGUGGGAAUUAGGGAGUUUUCCAAAGGGGAAUUUUCCCUCUGGGUCAGAAAAAAAAAAAAACAAAAACAAAAAAAGAUGGAAUCCUGCCAAGGAAAAACCCAACCAAGCUCCUGCUCCAGGGAGGAUUCCAGAAGAAGCACUUCCAAGGUCAGUACUCUUGGAGGUGCCACCGACUCAUUGCCGAGGUCAGAGAGACCCCAAAAUGUGGGAUGGAGUCACUGCUGGAUCAUCCCGAAUUCCACAUCCAACCUUGACUCAGAGCAUGAUGAUGUCGUCAAGGAUUUGGGGCUAAAAAACCCACCAAUUUGGGGCAAAAAAAUCAAUUUGAGGCAAAAUCCCUCAAUUAGGGGUAAGAACCCCAAAUUGGGGAAAAAUCCCCUGAUUUGGAGGGAAAACCCCCAAUUUUGGGGUAAAAUUCCAUGAUUUGGUGGGUUUCGGUUGAGGAAGAAGCCAGAUUGUCCCAACUCCACCGUCUCCCAGAAAUUUGGGAAGUUUAUUUAUUGUGUUUAUUCAGCUGUUGGUUGGGACAAUCCCAAAGGUUGGGAUGAUUCCGAGAGUUGGGGCAAUUCCAAAGGUUGGGAGAAUCCCAAAAGCUGGGAUAAGGGCCGAUCUGUCCCAGCCCAGGGGCUCCUCCUGGCAUUGAUCAGUGGGGCUGGAGGAGCAUCCAAAGGGAAUUCCAAGCUGGAAAAACAGGAAUCCUUGAGAUGAACCUCGGGAGUGGGAGCAGGACGUGAACCUAGGGGGGUUUUCUCAGUGGAUUUUGGGGGUUGGAUCCAUCUCUUCCCAAGGGAAGCAGGAGCUGUGUUUGUUUUGUGAAUAAAAAUAGAUUUAGUGGGAAAA